AUGCCCAAGAAUAAGGGAAAGGGCGGUAAGAACCGUCGUCGCGGCAAGAACGAGAACGACAACGAGAAGCGUGAGCUUGUCUUCAAGGAGGAAGGUCAGGAGUACGCUCAGGUCGUGAAGAUGCUGGGUAACGGUCGUCUCGAGGCACUGUGCUUCGAUGGCGAGAAGCGUCUCGCCCACAUUCGUGGCAAGCUCCGCAAGAAGGUCUGGAUCAACCAGGGUGACAUCAUUCUCCUCUCGCUCCGUGACUACCAGGACGAGAAGGGUGAUGUUAUCAUGAAGUACACCGCCGACGAGGCCCGUUCUCUGAAGGCUUACGGCGAGCUUCCCGAGCACGCCAAGAUCAACGAGACCGAUACCUACGGCGGUGAAGGCCUGGACGACAACGUCGAGUUCGACGAGGACCGCGAAAGCGAGGACGAGAAGGAGAUCGAUGUUGACGAGCUCUAA